AUGGUGAUGGCCUCCCCGUUCACCAGUAGCCCCGUGACCAUCCCCACCACAGCUCCGCCAGGCUUCCUGGGUGGCUGGCUGAACCGGAUCCCAUUACCCAAAUGGGCACUCAUCGCUGUGGUUGUGGCAGUCGGAGUUCUUCUCCUCCUCUUCCUCAUCUGCAUUGUCAGGUGCUGCUGUCACAAGAAGAAGCCCAAGAAGAAGGAGAGAGUCAGCAUGCCUGCUGUCAGCAGCUCCACCACAACCAGCCUCGUCCAGCCCGAGAUGGAGGACGUGGAGCAGGGCACAGAGCAGACGGGGCGAGGAAAGCUGCAGUACUCCCUAGAGUACAACUUCCGUGCGCAGGAGCUGAAAGUUGGAGUGAAGCAGGCAGCCGAGCUGAAGGCCAUGGACAGCGGAGGCACAUCUGAUCCAUAUGUGAUCGUCUACCUAACGUCUGAUACAAAGAAGAGGUACGAGACCAAGGUUUACCGCAAGACCCUGAACCCGGUCUUCAAUGAGAGCUUCACUUUCCAGGUACCCCAGGCGGAGGUGCCUGAGUCCACGCUGGUGAUGCAGAUCUACGACUUCAACCGCUUUUCCAAGCAUGACAUCAUCGGUGAGGUCCAGCUGCCCCUGGCCAGUGUCAGCCUGCAGCAUGUCAUCGAGCAGUGGAGCGACCUGGCAGCGGCCGGUAAAGUGGAGGAAGAGCAGCUGGGCGAGAUCUGCUUCUCGCUGCGCUACGUCCCCAGCACCGGCAAGCUGACUGUGCUCAUCCUGGAAGCCAAGAAACUGAAGCGGAUGAACUCCCAUGGGCUCUCAGAUCCUUUUGUCAAGGUGCAUCUCAUCCUGAACAGGAAGAAAUGGAAGAAGAAAAUGACAAGUGUGAAGAAAAACACCUUAAGACCUUACUUCAAUGAGGUGUUUGUUUUUGAGGUGCCUUUCAAUCAGAUCAAGAACGUGGACGUGGUCAUCUCCGUCUGGGAUCACGACAAAGUGACCAAGAAUGAGCCCAUCGGCAAACUCCUCCUGGGCUGCCGAGCCACGGGCAACCAGCUGCGGCACUGGUCCGACAUGCUGUCCAACCCACGCCGGCCCCUCACCCAGUGGCACAGCCUGCAGCCCCCAGAUGUGGUCGACAAAGCCCUGGGGCUAAAGUCCCACCUCAAGUUGCCCCUGCCCCCCAGAUAG